UUGAAACAUUGUAGUCGGUAUAUACAUGACUUAUUUCCUUCACUCAUCAAGAAUUUGGAUCCAGUACCACUUAGACAUCUCCUUAAUCUGGUCUCAGCUCUUGAGCCAAGUGUUCAUACUGAGCAGACAUUGUACUUGGCAUCGAUGUUAAUUAAAGCAUUAUGGAAUAAUGCACUAGCAGCUAAGGCUCAGCUGUCUAAACAGAGUUCUUUUGCAUCUUUAUUAAAUACUAAUCUUCCCAUUGGAAAUAAGAAAGAGGAAGAAGAGCUCAGAAGAGCAGCUCCGUCACCUUGGUCACCUGCUGCUAGUCCUCAAAGCAGUGAUAACAGUGAUACCCAUCAGAGUGGAGGCAGUGACAUUGAAAUGGAUGAGCAACUUAUUAAUAGAACGAAACAUGUGCAACAACGACUUUCAGACACAGAGGAAUCUAUGCAGGGAAGUUCUGAUGAAACUGCCAACAGUGGUGAAGAUGGAAGCAGUGGUCCUGGUAGCAGUAGUGGGCAUAGUGAUGGAUCUAGCAAUGAGGUGAAUUCUAGCCAUGCAAGCCAGUCAGCUGGGAGCCCUGGCAGUGAGGUACAGUCAGAAGACAUUGCGGAUAUUGAAGCCCUUAAAGAAGAAGAUGAAGAUGAUGAUCAUGGUCAUAAUCCUCCUAAAAACAGUUGUGGUACAGAUCUUCGGAACAGAAAGUUAGAAAGUCAAGCAGGCAUUUGCUUAGGGGAUUCCCAAGGCCCAUCAGAAAGAAGUGGGACAAGCAAUGGAACAGGAAAGGACCUGGUUUUUAACACUGAAUCAAUGCCUUCAGUAGAUAAUCGUAUACGAAUGCUAGAUGCCUGUUCACACUCUGAAGACCCAGAACAUGAUAUGUCAGGGGAAAUGAAUGCUGCUCAUAUAGCACAAGCAUCUCAGGAAUCUUGUAUUACACGCACUGGGGACUUUCUUGGGGAGACUAUUGGGAAUGAAUUAUUUAAUUGUCGGCAGUUUAUUGGUCCACAGCAUCACCACCACCACCACCACCAUCAUCACCACCAUGAUGG